AUGGCGACCGACGACAACACAGGCAGCGGUAAUAACGCCAGCGGUUCCUCCCAAGACCAGGGCGCCGCCGAUCAAGCUUCCACCACAAGCACCAGCUUUUCCUCAAGCUUGACCACUCAACAGCGAAAGGUGUAUCAGGACCUCAACCUUGAGAUCAACAGUGUUUCGUUCCAGGAAGGACGUUCGCGCCAGGAUACCAUCGCGGACCUAUUCGCUAUGACAGGUCCUGGUGGGCGUGAAAGAAGAUCUGGUUCUGGGUCUGGUGGAAAUGUUCAGAGCAGACAGAACACUGCGCGGACUGAGGAUGGCAGCAAGCAAAAUGGCAGCGAAGCACAGUAG